AGCAAUUUAUGUAAAUCCAUAUGAUUUAUAGCAUAUCUCAUAUGAAAAAUUAAAUGGUUGAGAGUUUUUUUAUUUAUUAAAUUUAAACAUUAAUUAUGGGUAAAAAACGUUUUAAUGCCAAAGCUCGAAGUUGUUCUAAACGAAUGAUUGAUAAUAAAGAAACGGAAAAGAUUCAAAUAGAUAUUCCUGGCGAAAUAUUAGAGUAUGGGGGUCAAGAUGAAGCUAAUGCUUUAGUUCUCCCAUCUAAAAAACGACAAACCAAAAUUAUAAAACCUAAACAAAAUCAAAUUACCAAAAUAUUGUCAAAAAAACAGAGGAAGUUGUUGGAGAAAGUGGUUGAUAAAAAAAAGAAAAAAGAAGAGAGAGCAGAACUACUGGCAGCCCUUGCGGCAGUGCAAGUUCCCCAAGAUGAAUUAAAAAAUUAUACGUCGAUUAGUCAAAUACAAACUGUAGGUUUGAAGAAUUUGCAAAAAAUAGAAAAUGAUAUCAAAGUAGUGCAAAAAAGUGGUGCAGUUCAGUCUAUCAAAAUUAGUAGUAUAGCAGGAAAAUGUAAGAGAAAAAGAUUGGCUCUUUUAUCUGGUUAUACUGAUAUCAGAAACAGUAGCGAUGAGGAAACAUGCAAAAAAGCGAGGGACGAUAAUAUUGUGGGGUUCGAACAAGACAUAGAUGAUAUGAGUUCUGAUACCGAUACAGAAAAACAAUCUGAAAAUAAUUUUACUGAAACAGUUGGAGUGAACCACAUAAAACCUAACAAUCAAAAAGAAGAACUACAAGAAAAUAUUUUAAUUAAUAACAAUACUAUGGAGGAGGUACAGAGUAAAAUAAAACAAAAUGAUCUAAACACAAAAAGUAUUUCCACAAUUGAUGAAAAUGCUUCAAAACCCGCAGUCUAUAUUCACGUGGAUAGAGAACCAUCAGUUCAGAUAGCUAGAUUAAAGCUCCCAAUUCUGGCUGAGGAGCAGCAGAUCAUGGAAACAAUUCGUGAAAAUACUGUUGUAAUUAUUGCUGGGGAGACUGGAAGCGGUAAAACAACUCAAAUUCCCCAAUUCCUUUAUGAAGCCGGUUAUGCUGAAAAGAAGUUGAUUGGAAUUACAGAACCUCGUCGUGUUGCUGCCAUUUCAAUGUCCAAAAGAGUGGGAAAAGAAAUGAAUCUUUCAGAUAAAAUUGUUUCUUAUUUGAUUCGUUUUGAAGGCAAUGUCACAGAUAAUACAAAAAUAAAGUUUAUGACAGAUGGAGUUCUACUAAAAGAGAUUGAAACAGAUUUCCUUUUAAAAAAAUAUUCAGUUGUUAUUCUGGACGAAGCCCAUGAAAGAACAUCUUAUACUGACAUUUUGAUUGGAUUACUUUCUCGUAUAAUUUAUGUUCGAGGCAAAAAGAAAGACCCGCUUAAACUUAUAAUUAUGUCGGCUACGUUGAGAGUCGAAGACUUUCUAAAUAAUCCGAAACUAUUCAAAAUUCCUCCUCCUCUUUUAAAAAUAGAAGCUAGACAAUAUCCAGUUACCAUACAUUUUCAAAAAAGGACGGCUGAAGAUUAUGUGAAAGAGGCUUUUAAAAAAGUAAUAAAAAUUCAUUCAAAACUGCCGGAUGGAGGAAUUUUAGUAUUUCUAACAGGACAAUUAGAGGUUAAAGUUCUAUGUCGUAAACUAAAGAAAGCCUUCCCACUACCAAAAAAUUUUAAUAAUUCAAAUAACCAAGGAAUUGCUGAUAGCGCUGAAGUUGAUGAUAUAAAUUUUGAUGAAUUCGAUAUUAAAAAAGCCAUUAAGAAAGUGAAGUCUUGCAAAAAGAAAUUUGCGGCACAAACAUCAAAUUUACCAAAAAUUAAUUUAGAUGAUUACAAACUGCCGACCGACGACACUGAAGCUGAUUUAUUUGAAGAUAAGGAAAAUACAGAAACUACACAUAGCGAUUUAGAUGAUGAAAAUAGUGAAGAAGAUGAUAUUUUGGAAAAAACUAAAGAACCGCUUUGGGUGUUGCCGUUGUAUUCCCUUCUUUCAUCAGAAAAACAAAUAAGGGUCUUUGACUCACCACCUGAAGGAUGUCGAUUGUGCGUUGUAAGCACAAAUGUAGCAGAAACUUCUCUUACAAUACCUAAUAUUAAAUAUGUUGUUGACUCAGGAAGACAAAAAACUCGUUUAUAUGAAAAAGUAACCGGAGUUAGUUCAUUUAAUGUUACAUUUACAAGUAAAGCUUCUGCAAACCAAAGAGCUGGUCGAGCUGGGCGGACAGGUCCUGGUCAUUGCUAUAGAUUGUACUCAAGUGCCGUGUUUAAUGAUGAGUUUGAAGACUUUGCUAUGCCAGACAUAAAGAGAAAGCCUGUUGAUGAUUUGAUGUUACAAAUGAAGUGCAUCGGAAUAGACAAAGUAAUAAAUUUCCCAUUUCCAUCUCCGCCUGAUAUUAUUCAACUGGAAGCAGCAGAAAAACGUUUAACACUAUUGGGAGCAUUGGAAGAUGCGGAAACAGAUUCACAUGGGAAAAUAGCGAAAGUGACUGCUUUAGGACAAGCAAUAUCUGCUUUCCCAGUUGCGCCACGAUACGGUAAAAUGUUAGCAUUGAGUCAUCAAAAAAAUCUUCUAGCAUACGUUGUUAGUUUGGUAGCAGGACUUUCUAUUCAAGAAAUUUUUUUGGAAGUAACCCAAAGCUUGGAUGAUAUCAACGUAAAUAACUCUAAGUGGCAAGAUAAACGUAGAAGUUGGGCAGGAAGUGGUCAUUCCUUAUUAUUGGGAGAUGCUAUGGUCUUACUGCGAGCUGUUGGUGCUUCUGAAUACGCCGGAUCUCUAGGCAAAAUGGAUACUUUUUGUGAACAAAAUGGAUUGAGAAAAAAAGCAGUGAUUGAAGUUAGAAAGUUGCGUAUUCAAUUGACAAAUGAAAUUAAUUUAAAUAUACCCAACUGUAAUUUAUCGGUCGAUCCGAAAAUGGAACCACCAACAGAUCUUCAAGCAAAAUAUUUGCGUCAAAUCUUACUUUCCGGUAUGGGUGAUCAGGUUGCCCGCAAAUUUCCAACUGAAGAAAUCUCUGAUAAGAACGAAAAGCGAAAAAUGAAAUAUGCUUAUAAUUGCAGUGAAUUGGAAGAGCCCGUUUUUAUUCACUCUAACUCUGUAUUAAAAAAAAAAUUACCUGAAUGGGUAAUUUAUCAAGAAGUUUACGAAAUUCAAAACGGUGACUCGACAAAAACGUUUAUGCGCGGUGUUACAGCUAUUGAACCGGAAUGGUUGUUAACAUACGUUCCAAAAGCAUGUAAUAUACUUAAUAUUAAGGAAGAUCCCGCACCGAAGUAUAAUCAACUUGAUGGAAAAGUUUAUUGUUACGUUGAAGCUAGUUUUGGCAAAGCGGGUUGGCUAUUACCAACAUCAGAAAUUGAAAUGCCGUUAAACGAAAAAUCUUGUCGAUAUUUUGGCAUGUUUCUUUUAAAUGGGGAUGUUUUUCCAAGAUUGGCCGAAUAUAAAAACAAAUUGAAAAUUACACCUUCUUCAGUUACAAAAAGUUGGUCUAAUUUAAAUGAAUAUGUUGCUAAUUUCAUAAAGUGUUUGGUGAAGAACCAGGUUAAUUCCAAAUCAAAGUUGGAAAAUGUUUGGAAAACUAAUAAAAAUUACUUAAUGGAACAAUUUGCUGAUCUUUUAUAUGGAGUCGAUCUUAGCCAAAUCUCUUUGAUUUGGCCUCCUCUAGAAACAUAAAUUUAGAAUAGAUUUUACACUAAAAAUUAAGUUACGUUGUAGCUGUAUAA